UUUGUCAAAAGGUGCAAAAAAUGAUCAUGAAAACUGAAAAGAAUUUAUCUUAUCUCAUUUGUUGGACCUCUAAAAUGUCAGGUCUUUCUAUGAUGAAUAAAGAUGAAAAGAAUAAAACUUUGGAUCCUUUAUAAAUCACCUUCACUUUCCUUUUUCUUUUCAUUUUCACAAGACAACAGUCCCACCUGAUUCUUUUUUACCUGCAGCUUUAGUUUCUUUCAAUCAGUCACACGCUGUCAACUGUUGAACAAUGUGCAUAUUUUUUCAAGCACAAAUUCUCUUUUUACCCUGAAUAUGAAUACCCUUUUGGAAUCUUGGCGUAGAUACAUUCUUUUCUUGCUCUGAUGAGUGUUAUUGCCUAAAAAGGUCACCAAUAGCAACCAUUUUUGUUUUUUGCUGAGCUUCUCAACCAUUGAAGGGGAGUCUUAGAACAACAAUAAAGUUGUCUCCAUGUGACCUAUAGGUGACGGGUUCGAGCCGUGGAAGCAGCCACCAUUGUUUGCAUUAAGGUAGAAACUAGGUAUUUGAAGCAUUCCUAGUUUUGCCUUGAACAUGAAAUCAAAAUUAAAGAAUGGCUUGUGUUCUGUAGUGCCUCUUCAUUUACAAGGUGAAUCUACAACACGUUUUUGCAUGUUUCCUAAAGUGAAGUCAGCUUGCUGUAGUCCAGGCAACACACCUGUUUACCUGAAUGUAUAUGACUUGACACCUGUUAAUGGCUAUUUCUACUGGGCAGGCAUAGGCGUCUUCCAUACAGGGGUGGAAGUUCAUGGUGUUGAAUAUGCUUUUGGAGCACAUGACUAUCCAACAAGUGGAGUCUUUGAGCUUGAACCUCGACAGUGCCCUGGCUUUAAAUUUCGAAAGUCGGUGUUCAUGGGGACAACAUAUUUGGAUCCCAUCCAGCUUAGACAAUUCAUUGAGCGCCAAUCAGCAAACUACAAUGGUGACUCAUACCAUUUAAUUGCUAAGAACUGUAAUCAUUUCUCGGAUGAUAUCUGUUACAGGUUGACUGGAAAACGGAUACCUAAAUGGGUGAAUCGGCUAGCAAGAGUAGGUUCAUUUUGCAACUGCAUACUUCCAGAAGCCCUAAAAGCUUCCACAGUACAACAUGGCACAAAUGUGCAAAACUAUGACAGUGAGAAGAGAAGACUAAGAAGUUCUUUCAACUGUUUGUCUUCUAUCUCAAUGCGUCAAGGUGAGAAAGAAGUAUCAAUAUCAUCGCUGUUCAUGCACUCCCACUAUAAAGGCUGUCUGCCACCUUGGGAAUCCAAAAAAUCUAGAAGCCGGUCUUUGAAGGAAGGAUAAGGUCUCCGUAAAUCUCUGUAUGGAAAUCUGUGUGAAUACUGACUUCUUUGUCAGAUAACCAUUGUUACAUCUAGCCAUUCCGCGAGCUUGUUGAAAUAUUUUCUGGGCUCUCAUCUGACUAAUGAACAGUGCUUGCUGCUGAGUUUCUGGUGUUACAAGUUCUGCUGUCCAUUUCAUAUGCUGAUCCUUCCAAAGAUCAAAUCUUCGCAUCAGUCCCAGAAAUGUAUUUGUCUGUUAAUUGUCAGUUUCUUGUUUGAUACUUAAAACUGAGAGGUUCUUGUUUCUCAGGUGGUAGAAAUUUAAUUUUCAGGAUCAUGAGCAAUUUGCUAAAGAUAUUCUUAUUCUUGUAUUA